CCAAAUCUCCAGAGAAAUGGCUUCUCCACAGAGAGAGAGAAUCACAGCUCUGAUUCUGCUCUUAGCUUCGGUGCCUCUGCUGAUCUCGCCGGCGAAAGCACUGAACUGUACGUCACAGAACUUCACCAACAAGAUGCUCUACGACAAGUGCGUCGACUUGCCAACCCUAAGCGCCUACCUCCAUUGGAACUACAACGGUUCGAAGCUCUCGAUCGCCUUCGUCGCCCCGCCGGCUAGUCCGACCGGCUGGAUAUCCUGGGCAAUCAACCCGACCGGCACCGGCAUGCUCGGAUCUCAGGCUCUCAUCGCCUUCAAGCACUCGAACGGCUCCGUCGCCGUCGACACCUACAACAUCAGCGCCUACAAAUUCGUCCAGUCGAAGAUCGCCUUCGACGUCCCGGACAAGAAGGCCGAGUCCUCCGGCGGCGUGAUGCGGAUCUUCGCUACGCUUGAGCUGCCGAAUGGGAUGACUUUGGUGAAUCAGGUGUGGCAGGUCGGCAGCUCCGUCACCGACAACGAUCCCGUUAGGCACGACUUACAGCCGGCGAACUUGAAAUCCAACGGAACGAUAAAUUUGGUAACCGGAACACAGAACGCCAGCGCUCCGGCUCCGAGUCCGGCAGGGACGAAUUCGGGCAGUGGGCCGAGCGGUGAUAAUGGCGGUGCUUCGGUCACGAUCAGUGGUGGCGCCGGCCUUGCCCUCUUUAACGUGUUACUUCUCGGAAGCUUCCUUGCGCUUUGAAUAUUUUAAUUUUUUUUUAAUUUUCGGCCACAUACGUGUUUAAUAAAAUUUCUCUUGAAUUUUCCAA